AAGGGCUAUGGAGCAUUAGAGACAGAGAGAGCGAGCGAGAGGGAAGGGGGGGCUCUAUCGAAUGAAUUGGGUCAUACCCUAGUCAUCGAGAGAGAGUUUGCGUCCCUUGCGUUGGCCGUCAGUAGGCCUAUGUGUGUAUGUGUGUGUGUGUGUUGAGGGCAGAUACUGAAGAUGGCAACAGCAAGUGGAGCAACUUUAAGGAGGAAUAAGAAGAGAUAGUCUAUUAUCUGAAACAAUUCAUUAACGAUGCUGUGAAUUUUUUUUUUUUUUAAACACCGGGCACCUGUCUAUGGCGGAUUUCGGAUUUCACGUUGGAUUAUUAACUUUCUCCUCGAUUUUAGCGCGAAGCACACGUAGGUUUAUCUAAAGCCGGAAGAAAGGAGAGGAAUAAAGGACUACGUUGUUUUUCCCCCCACUCUGUGUAGAGGAAUAAAGGACUAUACCGAGGUGUUUUUUUCCCACUCUGUGUAGAGGAAUAAAGGACUAUACCGAGGUUUUUUUUCCCACUCUGUGUAGAGGAAUAAAGGACUAUACCGAGGUUUUUUUCCCACUCUGUGUAGAGGAAUAAAGGACUAUACCGAGGUUUUUCCCCCACUCUGUGUAGAGGAAUAAAGGACUAUACCGAGGUGUUUUUUUCCCACUCUGUGUAGAGGAAUAAAGGACUAUACCGAGGUUUUUUUCCCACUCUGUGUAGAGGAAUAAAGGACUAUACAGAGGUUUUUUUCCCACUCUGUGUAGAGGAAUAAAGGACUAUACCGAGGUGUUUUUUUCCCACUCUGUGUAGAGGAAUAAAGGACUAUACCGAGGUGUUUUUUCCCACUCUGUGUAGAGGAAUAAAGGACUAUACCGAGGUGUUUUUUUCCCACUCUGUGUAGAGGAAUAAAGGACUAUACCGAGGUUUUUCCCCCACUCUGUGUAGAGGAAUAAAGGACUAUACCGAGGUGUUUUUUUCCCACUCUGUGUAGAGGAAUAAAGGACUAUACCGAGGUGUUUUUCCCCCCACUCUGUGUCCUCUCUGAGCGCACUGUUCUGUCUCUGUGACACUCACGUUCAACUCGUAGGCAUCUUAAUUGAAACAUGUCAGACAAAUUAUUGGUCUACCUCUUCCUUCUGACAGUCUUUCAUGCCUGUUCUCCAAAAAUGGAAUAUGAAGAAGAGUAUGAGGAUGUUACCAUGAACCAAAAGUUGGCUCCGAAGACCACGGAGGCAGACACAACAGAGAUACUGAACAGUUUACUCAAGGAAUACGAUAAGAAGCUACGGCCAGAUAUUGGAGUUAAACCAACGGUCAUAGAUGUGGACAUCUAUGUGAACAGUAUUGGACCUGUGUCAUCGAUAGAUAUGGAAUACCAGAUCGACAUCAUUUUUGCCCAGACGUGGACAGACAGCAGGCUGAGCUACAACAGCACCAUGAAUAUCCUGACCCUGAACAGCAACAUGGUGGGACUCAUCUGGCUCCCCGACACCAUCUUCAGGAAUUCCAAGAACGCUGACUCCCAUUGGAUUACAACGCCCAAUCAGCUGCUCAGGAUAUGGAACGACGGGAAGAUACUCUACACGCUAAGGCUGACCAUAAAUGCAGAGUGCCAGUUACAGCUGCAUAACUUCCCCAUGGACGAACACUCCUGCCCACUCAUCUUCUCCAGCUAUGGCUACCCGAGAGAUGAGAUGAUUUACAAGUGGAGAAGGAAUUCCGUGGAGACAUCCGACCAGAGGUCCUGGAGACUCUAUCAGUUUGACUUCAUGGGACUACGAAACACCUCACACAUAGUCAAGACAACAGCAGGUGAUUACAUAGUGAUGACAGUGUUCUUUGACCUGAGCAGAAGGAUGGGCUACUUCACCAUCCAGACCUACAUUCCCUGUAUCCUCACCGUAGUGCUCUCCUGGGUCUCCUUCUGGAUCAAGAAAGACGCCACGCCAGCCAGAACAGCUCUAGGGAUAACCACGGUGUUGACCAUGACCACUCUGAGCACAGUGGCAAGGACGUCCCUUCCCAGGGUUUCCUACGUGACGGCCAUGGACCUCUUCGUCACCGUGUGUUUCCUGUUUGUGUUCGCUGCAUUGAUGGAGUACGCCACACUCAACUACUAUUCAUACGGUGCCAGCCCAAGACCCAGACCACGGAACACCCAGAGAAUGAACUACUCAGUGUUGGAAGUGGGACCUGCCCCUACAGUGAUCAUGUUGAAUAACUCCACGUAUAACAACUCCCUAUACUGGCAGGAAUUUGAGGACGCCUGUGUCUACGAGUGCCUGGACGGGAAGGACUGCCAGAGCUUCUUCUGCUGUUACGAUGAGUGUAGAGGAGGCGGCUGGAGGAAAGGACGCAUCCACAUAGAUAUCCUGGAGCUGGACGCUUACUCCAGAGUCUUCUUCCCCACAUCCUUCAUUCUGUUUAAUGUCGUCUACUGGGUCAGCUAUCUGUACCUUUAGCAGGCUGUACUGGGAAGGCUAUUUCUACUUUCAGCAACCCGGAGAGAGAGAGGUGCCAUGGACUUUAAGACCAGAGAGAGAGAGAGGUGCCAUGGACUUUAAUACCAGAGAGAGAGAGGUGCCAUGGACUUUAAGACCAGAGAGAGAGAGGUGCCAUGGACUUUAAGACCAGAGAGAGAGAGAGGUGCCAUGGACUUUAAGACCAGAGAGAGAGGUGCCAUGGACUUUAAUACCAGAGAGAGAGAGGUGCCAUGGACUUUAAGACCAGAGAGAGAGAGAGGUGCCAUGGACUUUAAGACCAGAGAGAGAGAGAGGUGCCAUGGACUUUAAGACCAGAGAGAGAGAGGUGCCAUGGACUUUAAUACCAGAGAGAGAGGUGCCUUAGACUUUAAGACCAGAGAGAGAGAGAGAGGUGCCAUGGACUUUAAUACCAGAGAGAGAGAGAGGUGCCAUGGACUUUAAUACUAGAGAGAGAGGUGCCUUAGACUUUAAGACCAGAGAGAGAGAGAGAGGUGCCAUGGACUUUAAGACCAGAGAGAGAGAGAGGUGCCAUGGACUUUAAGACCAGAGAGAGAGAGAGGUGCCAUGGACUUUAAGACCAGAGAGAGAGAGGUGCCAUGGACUUUAAGACCAGAGAGAGAGGUGCCUUAGACUUUAAGACCAGAGAGAGAGAGAGAGGUGCCAUGGACUAAGACCAGAGAGAGAGGUGCCAUGGACUUUAAGACCAGAGAGAGAGAGAGGUGCCAUGGACUUUAAUACCAGAGAGAGAGGUGCCAUGGACUAAGACCAGAGAGAGAGGUGCCAUGGACUAAGACCAGAGAGAGAGGUGCCAUGGACUUUAAGACCAGAGAGAGAGAGAGGUGCCAUGGACUUUAAUACCAGAGAGAGAGGUGCCAUGGACUUUAAUACUAGAGAGAGAGAGAGGUGCCAUGGACUUUAAGACCAGAGAGAGAGAGGUGCCAUGGACUUUAAUACUAGAGAGAGAGAGAGGUGCCAUGGACUUUAAGACCAGAGAGAGAGAGAGGUGCCAUGGACUUUAAGACCAGAGAGAGAGAGAGGUGCCAUGGACUUUAAUACUAGAGAGAGAGAGAGGUGCCAUGGACUUUAAGACCAGAGAGAGAGAGAGGUGCCAUGGACUUUAAGACCAGAGAGAGAGAGAGGUGCCAUGGACUAAGACCAGAGAGAGAGAGAGGUGCCAUGGACUUUAAGACCAGAGAGAGAGAGAGGUGCCAUAGACUUUAGGACCAGGCAUCGAAGAAAGACUGAUCAAAUGUGAGAGACAUAAAAAAGAAGACUUUUAAAGGGUAAACACCAAAGUAACUCAAGUUUUACCUAAAGCAGUGAAUUGAAAAUAAAGACACAACCUGGUCAGGAAUCGUCUUUCUGUAUUUCAGGUAUCAGAAGAAAAUACACACAGACCCUUCACAGACACUGGACUGUCUUGAUCUUCACAGACACUGGACUGUCUUGAUAGACACAGACUCUUCACAGACAUUGGACUGUCUUGAUAGACACAGACUCUUCACAGACAUUGGACUGUCUUGAUCUUCACAGACACUGGACUGUCUUGAAACACACAGACUCUUCACAGACAUUGGACUGUCUUGAAACACACAGACUCUUCACAGACAUUGGACUGUCUUGAAACACACACACUCUUCACAGACACUGGACUGUCUUGAAACACACAGACCCUUCACAGACACUGGACGGUCGUGUGGAUGGAGAGGACAUAGAAAGUGUUGCUUUGUACAGCAACCACAAAAAACUCUUCUGUCAAGACGACGAUCUCAAAGAGUUGUGUUUUACGAUGCAGGACCUUGUCAGCCAGCUGUCAGUCAGUCAGUACAGUUUGGCCUCGAAGGGAUAUUCACAACCAUCCACAGUGCCUUGUAGCAGGAAGACUAAAGGACUACUGGCCGGUUUUGACUGAUUACUGCUGUGAUCAUUCAAUGGUUUUCAUUUACGUUUCUUAAUUACUAAUCUGCCAUUGUAAUAACUCAGCAUUAUUAUGUUCAUGUCACGAACAAGUUUGAGUUCGUUGAACUGCAUGUAUAAUUGCCACGUGGUAUACGACAGUGGGGGACAUCAACCCUGCCUUGACCAGCUUUUAUGAUCAUGUUAUUAAGUCAUGUGUUAAAUAUCUAAUUAUAGUUUUAUAGAAAUCCCCCCCAAAAAUAAAAUAAAAAAUGAAAUAGCACGUACGUGUAAGUAAGGAAUACAUUCUCGAUUUCACAUUUUGUGUGAAAGUAUUGAUUAUUUUGAAGAUCCUGAUUUAAAAAAAAAUAAAUAUGUAUUGUCUUAUAUUUCUGACCUUCAUUCAACCGAGGAUCUGAGAGCAGUUUUACAGAAGCUCAGAUUUGGGGCUCGAUGUGAGAGACACGUUGUGACUAGACCCAGACGUAAUCUAUGGCAUCUUUGUUUGUUUUUUUACAGUAAUUCUGCUGAAAGGUUAUUCUGACCUUUGGUCUGCUGUAUGUGUGCAUCAUGCAGGGGAUCUAUACAAGUCACUACACCCACUCUACAUUUACGACACCUAUUGGACUUUUCUUUCAGUACAAUCCAUGUAAACUGUAAGUUAAUAAAUACAAAUAGUGUCAUACAAA